GUGUGUGUUUAGUGACAGCGGAGCGGAGGCAGCGGAGUUGUGGAAAGUUGUGUCCGGCCGCAGAGCGAGGAGGCCGGCGGGAGCAGCUGAGACAUGGGCCUCCUGGCGAGGCUGCGGAAGGAGUGGUUCAUGAUCGGGCUGGUGCUGGUCAUCCUGUCGGCCCGGCUGGAGCCCAGCGUCGGGGUCCGGGGAGGUCCGCUGAGGCCGGAGAUCACCGUGGCGUACGUGGCCGUUUCUCUGAUCUUCUUCAACAGUGGCCUGUCGCUGAGGACGGAGGAGCUGACCAGCGCGCUGCUGCACGUCCGCCUCCACCUGUUCGUCCAGUGCUUCACCCUCGUCUUCUUCCCACUGAGCGUCUGGAUGCUGAUCCGGGUCCUCGAACUCACCGCCAUCGACCAAUGGCUGCUCAGAGGCCUGAAGAACAGCUCCAUGUUUUGCUGUAACUCACCAACAGAACAUCCUGUGGUUCUUCUGUCUCACCUUCCUGUCACGUACAUGUGAGGUUCUGAUUGUGUCCUCCUGCAGCUCGGUUCUUCCUCCGCGGUUCCGUUCUCGUCCAUCUUCUCGCAGCUCUUCAUGACGGUGGUGGUUCCUCUGGUUCUGGGGCAGGUGUGCCGGGGUUUCCUCAGGGAGCUGCUGGAGCGCCGGAAGCCUCCGUUCGGCGCCGUCAGCAGCUGCGUCCUGCUCAUGAUCAUCUACACGACCUUCUGCGACACCUUCAGCAACCCGGACAUCGAGUUGGACCCGACCAGCCUGCUGCUGCUCGUCCUCAUCAUUUUCUCCAUUCAGAUCAGCUUCAUGCUGCUCACCUUCGCCUUCUCCUCCAGGUCGGGUUCUGGCUUCAGUCCUUCUGAUACCGUGGCCAUCAUGUUCUGCUCAACACACAAGUCUCUGACUCUGGGCAUCCCGAUGCUGAAGAUCGUGUUUGAGGGCUACCAGCAUCUCUCUCUGAUCUCCGUUCCUCUGCUGAUCUACCAUCCAGCUCAGAUCUUGCUGGGAUCCAUCCUGGUUCCUACGAUCAGAGGCUGGAUGAGCAGCAGACACAAGGCGGUGAAGCUGUCGGCUCUUCAGCCCGUCUGACGAUGAAGAACCAGAGCCAGAACUGGAUGUUGCUGAAGCGGAUCGCGGCGGAGGGAUACAUCAGUGCCUUAUUACAACCAACAGAGACCUCAGCGUGGCGGAGAGGACGAGGAUCACCUCCACCUCUGCUAUGAAGAGAAACUCGUAUUGCCAUCAUAUAUACUGUUUUAUAUUUCAAAGAAGCACAUGUUUUAUUUUUAUAUGGAAUAUCCUGAAAAUUGCUACAGAAUGAGGACGGCUGUGUUUUCUAGUUUUGCUCUGAGCUCUGUGGCCUGUUACUGGGAGCUCUGGGACCAUCUCCUUCCUGUCUUCUUAUUUUUCUACUCUGACUGUCUGUUACUGCCAGAAAGUGAAGUUUGUUACGUUAUCGUGUUAUUCGCUGUGUUGUCCGACGUUAACAUGUUGAAUAAUACGAGCUGUUGGGUUCGUGACCUCCUGAAAUAACUCGUGUCUGUAGAAAGAGUCGCGAGCUGAAAGAUUCUCUGUCCAACAGGCCGGCAGCAGGAAGUCGGACCAACAGGCAGCCCGUUCACCGGAUCUCAGUGUUUUACUACAACUCCUUUGUAGCGUUAGUCGUAGAUUUUCUGGUUUAUGUUCUUGUCUCCAUCAGAUUCCUCUCAACAGCAUUCACUGUUUGGGUUCUAACCGGUCCACAAGGGCAUUUUUAACUUGGACCAAGAGGCAGCACAGAGAAAAGUCUGAAACAUUCAGUAACCAGCUAAAUGUACGUCUGUACGCAGACGAUGCUAUAUUAUACACAUUAGCAUGUUACACAAACCAAAGUCGGGUUCAAAUGCAUCAUCAGAACCAAAUGUACGUCUGUACGCAGACGACACUCUGUUCUCAGUAAGUUCUGUCGUUUCUUAUUCCGCCAACCAAAGUCCGGUUUAAAGACAUAGAUGUUCUGUAAACAUUCUUGCUGUUGUGAUCCGACAGGAUUUUUGCUGAAACUAUCUGAUCUGCUGGAACAUGAUUACCAUAUUCAGAGGCGUGACAGUGAAUGCAUCGUCAUCACAACCACUGACAGACUGUUAUUAUCCCGACCAGAACCACAGUAUUUCCUCUAUGGACCAAACGGACUUUGCUCAGGGGCACUCAGGCAGCAUCUCUGUUGUUUCCUGUUUCACGAGCAGCCUUACGUUCUGAGUCUGGACUCUGAUGAAAGCCCAACCUGCUCCCGGUCAGCAGACACCUGGAGGUUCAUCUCUGGGCAGCUAGCUUUAGCUUGUAGCACAGAUGACUGUAGCAGCCUCCUGAACAGCCGCUGCUGGUUGUAGCGCUGCUGGUUGUGUUGUUGGAGUGAAGUCCAGCCUGUGAGCCGCUGAUCUGCUCUCAGUAACCUGGUGUCAGGGAAAGUUCUACAUCCACAGCUUCCAGGAUGAAUCCAUUAUUUUAGGUGUUAGGAGGAACAGACGACCUACAGCACCCUGUGGUUUCCUGUCUGGGUCUCGUUUAUUUACCGUUUACUGGGCUAACAUCAUGUCACAGAGGUGGUCAGUGUCACUGCGUUUAGUUCAAACACAGCUCAGCCAACACAGCAGACGGAGGUGAAGCUUUGUCCAUCUGAGACCUUCAGGGGCCUUCUGUUUGGCCGUAGUCAUAUACUCUGGAUAUUUAAAACGCUAUCUGUGAAAUGCUCUUUGAGAUACAUUUUCAGCAGUUUUUUUUUCACCCAUUAACAUUUGAGGCCCACCUACAAAGUGGGAUCUGAAGAUGAUUAAAUAUCCCGUCCAGAACUUGGAUCAGAUGUUCUAUCAGUAGUUUAGUUUUAUUGGAGCAACAUGUCAGACCUGCUCAACCACGUGUUGCAGUUCAGCCAAACUACCUUUUGUGACCCAGAGUUUCAUAUUAAAGUAUUCUGUGUUUAGUUCUAUAUAAUGGUAGCUACGUGUGGUUCAGGAAACAUCUCCAGGUCACUUCUGCUGUCAGCCUUUUGUUGAUAUGAGUCCGAAGACGGAACUUUUCAAGAUGUCUUCAAUUUGUUUUCACAUUUUCAACUCAUCCAUAAUCAGAUUAUUGAUCUGUUGUCCAACAUGACAGGUUCUGGAUCAGCGACAUGAUGAGAAACAACAGAGAACAUUUCAGGUUUUUGUCUUUAAAAAAUAAUCCCAUGAAAUCAUCUCUGAACGUAUUUGAUGAAUCAAGUUCAAAUUUCACAGAUAUCUUUGUAAAUAUCUGUAGUUUAUGUAGACAUGUGAGUCGUGUUUGUUCAGCUGGAGGUUCUGAUGUUGUGAGUUGGAGGUUCUGAUGUUGUGAGCUGCAGCCUCUGAGGUUUGACGGCUGCAUAGUUUCAGACUUCAGCCACAGUUUAAACGCUGGACUAGUUAGAGCUGGUGACCUGGUUAGCAGACAGGGGACUGACUUUGAGUCCAGUAUUCUCUCUUUCAGCUCUGUUUUGGUCUCCACCACCUUCUGAAGGAAAUAUUGGCUCUCGAUCCUUUUUGGAUUUAUGUACUUAUUAAAUUUUAAAUAUAUACGUAGAACAAAUAUUUACGUAGCAUGAACAGAAAGCUAAAGGUGCGUUCACAUCCCAACACCUGCAGUAGCAGAAACCUCCGUUUCACUCGACUGUUAACUGCUGGAGGCAUAAAGUCCAACAGGUGGAGUUUAGUUACAAACAGUUUUAGUUACUAACCUCUGAAAUGUUCAGCUUUAAGAACGUUAGACUGGUGAUUGAACUGUGUCACCGUGUUGCAGAAUCUUUAACUGAUCCGAUCGGUGAGUGGAUCUGAACGUCAUCAGGUCGUUACCUGAGAAUGUACGGACUCUGUUACUGGGCGGUUUGGAGGCUGCAGCCAUGUGAUUGGUUGUCCAGGUGACGGUGGCGUUUACAGUCUUUACCUGUUUACAGUGUGAUUGUUCUACCUGAGCUUUACGUACGUCACUGUGUGGGUCUGUUCUUGUGCUCGAUGAUUAAAAAAUACAAGGAAAUGAA